AUGAUCGACCUUUCAUCCAUUUACUUCGGGCUCUUUUUGGGAAUCUUCCCUUUUACUGUCGUCAAGGUCAUACAACAGUCUCGAAAGAUCGUGGCACGCUCACGAACUUUUCGAAAUGCCUACCUAUACAUGAUCUGGGUCGAAGCUGUGGCCUGCUUUGUCAUCGCCAUCAUCACCUACUUGUACCUGAUUGGGGUGGUUCCUGACAGCCUCGCGUUUUUCAUUGGCUCUGUGGUUUUAUGGGUCCUCCAAACACAGCUCCUCCCACAGAUCAUCGCCAACCGGGUCGGACUGAUCAUGGUCAACAAGCGCAAGGCAAUGUGGCUGAAGCUGGGCCUCGUCUCCGCCAUAGGAUGCAUCAACAUCGCUGUCGGUGUCAUAUGGACCAGUGCGCACAUGCCGGGCGCUACCACUCAGCAGAUAUAUCUGAAUUACGCUUUUGAGAAUGCGGAGAAGACGUUCUUUCUGCUUGUUGACCUUGGACUUAACCUGUACUUUCUGUACCUGGUGCGGUCCCGCCUGAUUGCCCUUGGUCUUAAUAAGUACUGGCUGCUCUUCAAGGUCAACGUUGCCAUGGUCUUCCUCUCUACGGCAAUGGACGCCCUCCUCGUCGGCAUGCUGAGCUUAUCCGAUCCCUAUCUAUACGUCCAAUUCCUCCCCGUGACUUACAUCGUUAAGCUCUACAUCGAGCUCACUAUGGCCGGCCUCAUUGCCAAGAUCGUCCGGAUCCCCAACGAGGGAGACUAUGGCUACCCGCAUCACUCGACUAGCCACAGGCGAAAGAGCAACACGCAGUACGCCACGUUCCCGGAACCGAGUACACGUUGCAAUACCGCGAAUCGAAAUAACACGGAGAGUCCCUCGUUUGGCAAUGACACUCAGAUCAACAGGGGUGGCGAUGAGUCGGACAUCCAGCUAGCCAAGUAUCCCGGGGACGGUGGCAUUAUGAAAACAGUCACUACCAUGGUGGUAAUGGAGAAUGACAAGGAGUCUGGAAGGACUAAUUCAGGGGGGGAGGAGGAUAAAAAUCCCAGGGAUCUUUGGUAG